AUGGAGUGUACGAUGGCACCGCCGCCACAGGCACCCGUGGAGAUACCAAAAGAUGCCGUUUCCACGACAUGUUCUGUGUCGAACAUGUCCAUAAGCAGUGAUGUCGACUCAGACGUAGCGUCUAUCUGCCGCGACUUUAUACGCGGCGUUUGCUCUCGCAAAAAGCGAUGUAAGUUCGCGCAUCCUACAGUAGCUGAAUUGAAUGCUUUGGUCGGUUGUCGCGAAGACAAAAAGUACGAAUUCUGCCACGACCAUCAAAAUAAAACUUGUGAAAGAACAACCUGCCGAUACAUCCAUUGCACGAGUGAGGAGGAGCAGAACUUCUUGAAAUCCCGUCAUUUACCCCUCCGUUACAAGUGUCAAUACGAAUUAGGAAUAUACAAUGUUGCGUUGAAUAAUAAAGCCAUGCGUGAGAUGAAAAGAGAAAGCGAAAACAAAAGAUUACGGCCUAUUGCUUACAGUAACUCUGCCAACGAUCUCAACUCCCAUCACAAAAGAUCAUCGACAAGUAUUUCAACAAAUUUUUCUGAUCAUCAAAUGUCGUACAGCUAUCAACAGAUACUAGAUGAAUCCAGCAAGAUGCGCAAAGAAAAUGACAUGCUGAAACAAAGAAUCGAAGAGCUCCAGAAAAAAUGUGCGGAUCUAUCUACCGUGAAUGAGAUGCUUCUGGAGCAAAACGCAAAGUACAGGCAUGUUCUAAAUUCGAGCCAGCCUCCUCCACCUGCCGUUCCGAUGGAGGCUCAGCCGGUCCUUAGCUCGAAUCCCCACCGAGUGAUGGCGAUGCCUCCGCCUGGAAUACCAACAGGAGUGCAAAGCGUCGCGGUUCCACAAAAUAUGAGCCAGAGUAAUCAUGUUGAAGUUCAACUGAGUACAGCGCAGACUGUUACUGGUGUGACCAAUGAUAAACGGCCGUAUCAACAGCAAUCUGCACCCUUAGUUCCAUCGGGCCAGUUUCGACCAAGCUCAAAUGUGAUCGUAAAUCAAGUUCCAGUCGUUACAAUGCACAAUAUGAUGACAACGCCGAUCCGUCCAGGGAUCGAACAACCUCAAAAUCCUUCAGUUCAAGUCACCUCUUCAGAAAAUUUGCAAACACAAAUUGUAACAACUUAUGCAAGUCAAGCGAUGCCAAGGCCCGCGAUAAAUGGCCAACCUCAUAUGACGGUUCAACCAACCAUGGCGAUGCAACAAACCCCGAUUCAGUACACUGAGAUGCCCUCUUUACCAGUUCAUCAUCAACACCCGUAA